CAAGAAUACUCUCAAUAUCGAGGCAUAAUGAGCAUUGAAUCCACAAACGGAACUGACGAAUUGACCAUAACGCACGACUCUGUCAAGGAAACAGAAUACAAUCCUUUUCUUGCGCCAGAAUCCAAUGCGAGAUCAUCGAAUAUUAAAAGCCUGUGCGAAAAGGCAGUCAAAAAUGGUUAUGAAUCAUGCAUAUGGAUAUGUUUCAGCCGAGGAUCCCGCUUCCUUGCUAGGGAUAUACCUAUCAAACAAGGCGAAGAUGGAAUCGAAAUCCAUAGUCUGAGAAAUUGUCGCGGAUGGUGGAAGCGUAUCUCUCUGCGCUCCGCCGUCAAAAUCCAGGAGGUCAAGAUUCAUGCUAUACGAACACAAAGCAACAAAGAAAUCGAAGUUGUAGUGCUUCCAAUCAAUUAUACCUUGGAGAUGGCAGAUAUACAAAGAGAGAUAGAAAAGCUCUCUCCCGACACAACGAACUGUGACGCUGGAUUCAAUGAAAACGGUACGUUUCAGCAUUGUUCGAACGGGGGCCUCUGUCCAAAUACCAUGAUGGAUGAAAACGGAGGGGAGCCGGUAUUCUACUGUGCUCUAGAGCGGCGACAACAACUCCGAAAAUAUUUCAGGAACCUCCAAUACAGACAGCCAAUGCUCGACUUCUAUUGGAAUUCCAAAGGGAAAAGCGACUGCCAACAAUUUCUGAAAGAGUCCGGCUUAGUACAUCCCCACCAUAUUGCAGUCCUUAUCGAGGCUGCAGAAGGCAUAGCGGAGGCCUAUGACCCCAUUAAAGACCUCCAUGGCCUACCGGAAGCCUUCCAAGAAGUGAAAAAAUUGCUUCCGCUCAUGGAACAAACCCUUCGAGAUGCAAAGAGUCCGGCAAAGAAACUCAAAUUCUCCAACGAGGCCAAGGCGCUAGAGACUAUCCUCUAUAGCUGCGAUGAAAAGGCCGACAAGCUGCAAGAGAUCUUCAAGAAAAUUGCAAAGAAGUCAAAGGUCAAAUACGACUCUUCCGUGUAUCGGGCAAUUGUUAUUAAGCAAGGCAAGCUUCGAGUCGAGACGUUGAUGGAUGGCAUUUUGGAGGAUCUGGAAGCUCUUUUUUCACACCAUAUGUUUCCGACUGAGAUACAAAUGCAGGUCAAGCUAUUAGCAGAUGCUCGAGAGCAGCUGGCGAAAGCGACCCCAACACUUACCGAGUCCGAUCUGGCCGAGCAUCCCAACUCUGCCAAUCAGUAUGGCGACAAUAAUCGCCAGUACAACCUUUUCAGUGACGGUACGCAAAAAAUCGCCGACGGCCACUAUUUUGAGGCGCAGGGAUAUCAGAAUUUCAGUAUGAUGCCCCCUAAAGAAUCCGUGGAGAGGCAGGUGGCGUAGGCGCCAUCCUCAGACUAGGCGAAAGUUGCCUUUGACAGAGAUAGUUACACUCUGUAUUGUCCUACUGGCUUGCCAUCUUUCAGUCUCAAAACCACA